CUACCACUUCCGUCAUUAUUCAAGAGGGAAUCGACAUGAAUUAACGAAUGAUGACAUGACAUGGCGUGCCAUGACACGGCAUGAUGUUCAACGCUUUCUCUAAUGACAAUUGCCGUCCAUCAUACAUCUCCUCGAUAUCUUCUCCCUUCAUUAGAAGAAGUUACAUUGCAUAGGUACACUUUUAUAUUUCCAACACUGUGCCACUGUUCACAAUUGUCGCUAUUACCUAGCAUCUCGAGUUUGAUAUCUCACCCUACUCGUAGUGUUAUAUAAUAGGACAAAGAAAAUAACUACCCACUAUCUUCGAGUUCGUUGCAUCUGCAUCUCACCGAACAAUGCAUAGGGUUGUUUGAUCAGAAAGUCUAGAUCGUUUACGGCUACCACGCUCGAAGGUGGUUCAUCGGAUUUACUCCUGAUUCAAUAUCAUUCGACGUACCCACGAUCCUUGUAUUUGUCUGAUGCUUUCCUGCCCUCAAACUUUACAGAGACUUAUCACUGGAGAACUAUUCGAAAUCUCUGAUUAACAUAAGGGUUGAGCUUGUUAUAUAUAAAUUUGCUUGGCUUUGGCCAAAACCAUACAUUCUUCAAUACACUAUUUGAGAUUCGAAAGUCGACAAAAUGGUGAAUAGUUUCACCGGAAUUGCUUCAAUACCUAAUGAGCUCCUCAUCAAUGUCCUUUCACUCUUUUCUACCCGUCGACUUCUUCCUCUCGCAUGCACCUGCCAUCGUUUCCAUGAUCUCAUAAUCCGAAUCAUACAUCAUCGCCUCAUUGCGGCGGCAUCUUUAAAGAAUCACAAAUUGAUCCUUGAAUGUUUCCAUCCCUCCACGAAACUUAUCACCCCAUACGCUUUGUGCAAUUAUCUCGGCACAGAUGGACUAAGUGACGACGUUGUUGGAGAGGGAGAUGUAUAUAAAGAUGUCAACAAUACAGGGAGAUUAGGUAAAAUGGCCGGUCUAUAUUCGCGCUUCAGGCCACUUCAGUCUGAAGAAAGAAUACGCCAUCUGGCAGGUAGUGCUAGAUCGACCCUCCUACCAGAAUCUGAAGAUGGACUCGUAUCUCAAAUUGUCGAUCUCGAGUCACAUGAACUUUUCUCGCAACUUUGCACCAUCACCAAUAUCGUUAAAGUUGGUCCGAAACGAGGACUGUUUCUGAGUUGCGUUAACAUUGGUGAGGGAGUCAUAAGAGUUUUUAGAGACUGGCUGUCAGAUCGCGAUGAGGCGAAUAAGAGGCAUAUUGACAGCCCAGAGGAACGUGAGAACGGGCUCUUAUGGACCGAUACCGAGAAACAUGUUGGAUUGAAAUUUAAAGUUUCUAAGUGGGAAGAAGCACCUGCUCCAAUCCUGCUACACCGUAAUGAGGAAGCUCCUGUUUUCUAUAAGCUUCAAUAUGAAGAAUUGGUCCUCAGAACAACGCAGCUUCUUCUUCAUGUCGAAGAAUCCUUGACAAGAGAAGUAGGGCACUCAAGUAAAGCAAUCGUGAUAGGUUCUUGGGAUUAUUGAUACGUUGUUCACCUCGGAUCACUUCAAAGAGUACCGGAUAACAACAAACAGCGUGAACUACAGGUGCUUCAUCAUUUGAGAUCUUGAUCUAAAAUACUUACUACAUUUUACCUAGUUUUAUGAUUCACAUAUACUUUUGAGGGCGUCUAUCAGAUCUCAGUUUUUUAGAGUAUGAAUAUAUUGAUGAAUGCGAAUUAUCCAAAGAUUGAUCAGUGGGAUAGCCUAAAGGGACUUUCUCCGAAGGGAUGAGUUUAGAUGAGUUCAGUAAACUCUUCGUAGGAACCCUUUUAAAUUGGAUGGACAUAGCCUUUUCAUCGUUUUGUUUUUUGUCAUUAUUAUUAUUAUUAUUAUUAUUAUUAGUUGUUGUUAGUCGUCUUUAGAGUUAUAAAAAGAUUCACGGCGGUGACCAGGCCAGGGUACAAAAAGUUUUGGCCUCAGCCCCUUCCAAAUUCAACAUCACACCUCUAAAUUUGAGGGAUAUCCAUUACCAUCAGAUGAAUGCAACCUUACCAAGCCACAUUUGCGUUCUUAGGGUGACAUUGGUGGUUAAUCAACUGCAAGCUGCGCCCACA